AUGACUUCCACCGGCUUUGACCCGUACUUCUCCUCUUCCUACAAGAGGAGAGUGGUGGUGCGCAGUGCAGGAUAUGGAGCUGGUGGAGGAAUAGGCUCUAGGUCUGCCUACUCCAGCCAUGCAGCCCCAUUAACUUCCUAUGCAUCGCUACGCAGAAGUUAUCCAACUCAUGCCCGAGUUACCUCCAGCUACUCCUCUGUGCUUUCUGCUCCAGUGUCCGCAGCUGCCACUGAGCUACGACUUGACCAAGCAGCCCAGGUCAGCUCUGAGUUCAAAACACUAAGGACCCAGGAGAAGGCUGAGCUGCAGGGCCUGAAUGACCGCUUUGCAAGCUUCAUUGAGCGGGUCCAUGAGCUGGAGCAGCAGAACAAGUUGCUGGAGACUGAACUUCUGCUGCUCAGGCAGAGGCAGACGGAGCCAUCCAACCUCAGGGCCCUGUAUGAGCAUGAGAUCCGCCAGCUCCGAGCUGCUGUAGAUGAGGCUCGCCAUGAAAAGCAAGCUGCCCAGGAUCACAGGGAUGAGAUGGAAGAUGUGCUGAGGGACCUGCAAAAGCGCUAUGAGGAUGAAGUGCUCGGCAGAGCAGAAGCAGAGGGCAGGCUCAUGGAUGCCAGGAAGGGAGCAGAUGAAGCUACACUGAGCCAGGCUGAGCUUGAGAAAAGAGUUAGGAACCUGCUGGAUGAGCUGGACUUCCUGAAGCGCCUCUGUGAGAGUGAGAUUGCAGAGCUGCAGGCCCAAAUACAGUACAGAGCAGAUGUGUCAGUGGAAAUGGAGGUCAGUAAACCUGACCUGUCUGCUGCUCUCCGUGACAUCCGAAUGCAGUAUGAGAAGCUGGCCCAACGCAACCUUCAGUCAGCCGAAGAGUGGUUCUGCAACAAGAUGAAUGUGAUGACAGUAGGCACUGUUCGCAACACUGAGAGUGCAAGACAUACCAAAGAUGAGGCUGGAGAAUACCGCCAGCUCCUCAAAACCAGGACGCUGGAGAUUGAUGCCUGCCGUGAGAUGAACCAAGCUCUGGAAAAUCAGCUGCAGGAUGUGGAGGAAAAACAGAGUGCUGAGAUCUCUGCACUGCAGGAUACAAUAGGUCAACUGGAGGAAGAGUUGAGGGCAAACAAGAAUGACAUGGCCCGCUACUUGAAAGAUUAUCAGGACCUCUUGAAUGUGAAGAUGGCCUUGGAUAUUGAAAUUGCAGCCUACAGGAAGCUCCUUGAAGGAGAAGAGAACCGUUUGAAUGUGGCAAGUAUGGGGUCUGUCACCGCCUACUCCCAGGCCAUGUAUGCUGUUCCGUCUUAUGGAAGAACACAGAUCUCCAUGCAGGCUCAGCUGAGCUCUGCAGCUCCGUACCUGCUGAGCUCCCGCUUGUACACUUCAUCACUCUUCAAAGAGGAGACAAUAUCCGCAAGCCAAGCACAGCAGGCGGAGGCCAGCGCCCCUCAAGAAGACGACGAUGAGCAAGUGGAAGAGGAAGAGAAGGAGGAAGAGGAGGAGGAGCAGGUAGAAGAGAAGGAGGAGGAGGCAGAGGAAGAGGAAGAGAAGGGAGAAGAGGGGGAGGAAGUGGAGGAGGAGGAGGAAAAACAAGAGGAAGGAGAGGAAGAAGCAGAUGAACAAGAGGGUGAGGCAGAGGAUGAAGCAAAAGAAGAUGACGAGCAAGGAGGAGAUGAGAGCCAACCCCAAGAAGAGGCCGAGGCUGAGCAGAAGGAGGCAGGAGGUGAAAAAGAAGAGGAGGUGGAGGCUGAAGAGAAAAAACCAACAGAUAAAAAAGUUUAA